UCUUAGCUUCACUUUAGGGUUCCCACUCUGCAUUGUCGCCUCCGAGCUAGGGUUUUGCCGCAUUCGAAAAUGGGCCACUCCAACGUCUGGAACUCGCACCCCAAGAACUAUGGCCCUGGUUCACGUACCUGCCGUGUUUGUGGGAACCCACAUGGUUUGAUCAGGAAGUACGGGCUCAUGUGUUGCAGGCAGUGCUUCCGCAGCAAUGCCAAGGAGAUUGGCUUCAUCAAGUACCGUUAAGAAAGAGGAUGCUUCUAUUUCAGUACUCGGCAUGCAAUGGAUUACCAACGAUUUACAAUUGAUAUCAGCAGAAACUCGAGGAAAGUUAUUUUCUUAGUCUGUUAAGCGCUCUAGACAACAUCUUCAAUUCUGUAGACUGCUAAUGUUUUGAUUCUACACCACCUUGAAUGCUGCUGUUAUUUUUCAAUUCUGUUGCCAAGUGAAUUAUCAGUUCUUAUUUACUUCUUUUUUUCCUUUUGAUUCUACUUCUGUUUGGGAAUUUGAAUGUUUUUUCCCUGUGGGAAUUGGGAUAAAGCUUGAACCAA